UCGAACGUGCUGCUGGAGAAAAGAGUUCGAGACUUUGGCACGACCAGCAAGUGUUUACGAAUCAUUUCCGUGGUUCAUAAAGUCCAAGUCUGUAGGUAUGAGUACUUGGAAUAGAGGGACUGCUUUGGCUCCUCGUGGCAAAUAACCUCAAAUAUUUUUGCGCGGGUAUAGAUCGUAAACAUUUCGCAGCGUGUAUCGUGAAAAAUUACAGUGAAUACAUAUAUUCGAGGAAGUGAUGGAAGGCAACAGUGACGUAGUUAGGGUGAAGGAAGAACCGAGCAAUACUUGGAUGGACGCAGGUGACGAUAUUGCUUUCGGUUCGAUGGUUACUUGCAAAGUCGAAAACUCCGAAACAUCGCCCUUUCUCGAAUUUCCGGCAAAACAAGCGAAUGAGCCCGUCGUUAAAACAGAGAGGUUAGAGGAAAAAAUAUUUAUCGAUUUGGAAUGCAAGAAUGUUAAGCCAGAACUUUCUCUUUUAUCUACUACUACCUUCAAAACUGAGUUAGAAAAUGUUCAACCAGUUGGGAAAGAAGGAAAUGAAAAUCGUCGUUUAAAGCUACCCGAAAAUGAAGACCUGAAACGUUUUGAAGAAACUGCCGGGAAAGAAUUAUCGUGCAAGUCAAAAAUGUGUCGAAAACCUUAUACAGCAAGAGCGAGUCUAAAAAAACAUACGAAUACGAUUCAUAAAAGAAUUAGACUGUAUAAAUGUGAGAUAUGCAAUGAAUCAUUUUCCUGCGAUACAGACCGCAAAAUUCACUUAAAACAGGUACAUGAUCGGAACAAACCUUUCGAGUGUGAAAUUUGUCACAAAUCAUACAGAGCCAAGGGUUACCUUAAAAAUCACAUAAAUACUGUACACAAUGGUAUCAAAUCCUUCGAAUGUGAGGUGUGUCAUAAAUUAUUUGGUCAAAAAGCUCACCUCAAUGUUCACAUAAAAUCAAGACACGAUCGGAGUAAACCCUUCAAAUGUGAUAUUUGUCAGAAAUCAUUUUCAAUUAAGAGUAAUCUCUAUGUGCACACAAAUGCAGUUCAUGAAUUUAGAAAACCCUUCGAAUGUAAGAUUUGCCCUAAAACAUUUGGACACAAGUAUGAUCUGAAAAAGCACAUAAAUGCAGCACAUGAUCCAAGCAAUCUCUUCGAAUGUGAUAUUUGUCGCAAAUCAUUUGGACACCGUAGUAAUCUCAAUGUUCACAUAAAAUCUGUACAUGAUCGAAUCAAACCCUUUGAAUGUGAGAUUUGCCAUAAAUCAUUUGGAUACAAGAGUGUACUCGAUAGACACAUAAAUGUAUCACAUGAUCGUAGCAAAUCAUUUGAAUGUGAGAUUUGUCACAAAUCAUUUGGACAUAAACCAAACCUCAAUAGACACGUAAGUGCAGUACAUGAUCGAAUCAAACCCUUUGAAUGUGAGAUUUGCCAUAAAUAUUUUGGAUACAAGAGUACACUCGAUAGACACAUAAAUGUAUCACAUGAUCGUAGCAAAUCAUUUGAAUGUGAGAUUUGUCACAAAUCAUUCGCAGAAAAUAGUUACCUCAAAAAACACAUAAAUGUAAUACAUGAUAAGAUUAAACCCUUCGAAUAUUUUCUACGUAAAAUGGACUCUGAGUACAGAUUGAAACUUUUGGUAGAUGAAAAUAAUGGAAACAAAUGGAUUUUUUGGCAGAUCCAAGUUUUUGUGCAAAAGCAUCAAAUUUGUAUCGAGUGCCAAAUGUUGAAGAAUGCUAGUGACGAUCUAUUCUGUACCUGCUUCAAAAUAAAUCUUCAAAAUUAUCCAAUAAAAAUACAGAAGAUCUUAUUAUUCGUUAUGCUAAGAGCAAUGAAACCUUUUGUUUUAACUGCUGGGCCAACUAUAGAGUUAGAUUUAGAAACCUGCGGCAACAAUUUAGAACAAGAUUUUGCAGCGACUCCGGUAUUACGGUGCUCAGAACUCGUGGAAGAACAGGCAGAACCGUUGGAUCUGACGGUUCCAAAUUCCCAAGUGGAGUUACAAGAUUUUGCAACGACUCCGGCACUGCGGUGCGCAGAACUCAUGGAAGAACAGACAGAGCCGCAGGAUUUGACGGUUCCAAAGAAACAAAGAAAAAAUAUUGAAUCCAGAAAAAAUUAA